AUGGUGUCAAAAUCAAGCGACUUUGGCUCUAAAUUCAGAAAAUCACAUGAAGAACCGUCAAAUAAUGGUAUUGGAAACCUGACAUACAAGAUGAAUCAGCUUAAAAAACAAAUUCAAGCAGAAAGGGUUGUUUCGAUAAAAGAUAAAGUUGAGAGAAACAGAAGGAAACUUGAAUUUGAUGUUUCUCAGCUAAGAUUAGCAACUUCGAAAACAUUUAUGGGUCAGAAUGGAAUUGCUAAAAUGAUUUCUUUAAGAAUCGGAACUCCUCUUUGUAAGUAUGAUGGAUUAGCUCAAGGAUCUGGCGAUAAAGAUCUAAUCAAUGGUCAUGAAGUAGUAGUCUCAGCAAGUACCAAGCUUCCGUUUGUGGAGAAGAUACCUCCGUAUACUACCUGGAUAUUUUUGGACAAGAAUCAGAGGAUGGCUGAAGACCAGUCAGUGGUUGGCAGGAGACGCAUAUACUAUGAUCAACAUGGCAGUGAAGCUCUGAUUUGUAGUGACAGCGAAGAAGACAUAGAACCAGAGGAAGAGAAACAUGAUUUUUCUGAGGCUGAAGAUCGCAUUUUGUGGAUGGUCUUUCAAGAACAUGGAUUAGCUGAAGAAGUGCUGAAUCUUGUUAGCCAGUUUAUUGGUGUUAGCACUUCAGAAAUCCAGGAGCGUUGUAGGACGCUUGUGGAAAAAUAUGGCGAUGACCAAAAUGUCAAAGAUUCUAGUGAUUCAGUAUCUGAGAGAGGAAUAUCUCUACAAAAGAGCCUUAGUGCUGCUUUAGAUUCUUUUGAUAACCUAUUCUGUCGCCGUUGCUUGCUUUUUGACUGCCGCCUCCAUGGCUGUUCUCAAACUUUGAUCAAUCCUAGUGAAAAGCAGUCAUAUUGGUCUGAAUAUGAAGAUGACAGGAAACCUUGCAGUGAUCAAUGUAGCCUCCGGCUAAGAGUUGUCAAAGACUUGCCAGAAGGUUCUGUCAAUAGUCCCUUGCACAGGACAAAAACUGCAACUUCAGCAGAGGAAACAAAGACUGCAGUAGCCUCGGAUGCUGAAGGGCCAAGUGGUGUAGACCUCAUGAUAGAUGAAAGAUGUAUUUCAGAGAAAGAGAUUAAUGUUGUUUCGGAAGCUAUUUGUAACAUGGAACCUGCUCCUGGAGCUCUGAAUUUGGAUACGUCUGCUAUGGUAAUACAUAACCAAGAAUACAUGCGAAAGCGCAAAGCGUCACAGUGCACAGGUAUAGCAUCAGAUGACUCGCCAAAGUCUCCUGAUGAUAUACAGGAUUUUAGUAGGAAACAGAAAAGAUUAUUGCAUUUGGGUGUAGCUGCUGAAGGUCUAUCAAGUCCUGAUUGUGGUUCUACUGCUAAAAAAGCAACUGAUAUUGAACUUCAGACGACCACAGAAAAGACGAUCAGUGAUUCCUUUGAUAUUGUUUGUUCUGGUACUGAGGAGAACACUGGGGAGGGAGAAAAGGAUGUCUUUGAAGUGCCUGAACCAAAACAAUUAUCCUCAGUAGAAAGACAAGUGGAAGGGGUUUUAAGAAAGUCUGAGUGGAAACCUAUUGAGAAAGAACUAUAUCUGAAGGGAGUGGAGAUAUUUGGGAAAAACAGUUGUCUUAUUGCAAGGAACUUGCUUUCAGGCUUAAAGACUUGUAUAGAGGUGUCCAUUUACAUGCGUGAAAGUGGAGCUAUAAUGCCCCAUAGAUCUGUAGCACCAAGAUCUUUUUUAGAAGACAGUGGAAAGAGCGAUAUGGAUUUUGCGGAGCAAGAUAUGCCUACAAGAUCGCGUUUACUUCGUAGGAGGGGAGGGCACGUAAACUUAAAUAUUCUUGGAAGUCUGCUGGUCAUCCAUCGUUUUGGAAAAGAAUUGCCGAUGGAAAAAAUCAGUCAUGUAAGCAAUAUACACCUUGUGGAUGCGAGUCAAUGUGUGGAAAGCAGUGCCCUUGUCUGCAUAAUGGAACUUGCUGUGAGAAAUAUUGCGGGUGCUCGAAAAGUUGCAAAAACCGCUUCAGAGGAUGCCACUGUGCAAAGAGCCAAUGCAGAAGUCGACAAUGCCCAUGCUUUGCUGCUGGACGUGAAUGUGACCCAGAUGUUUGUAGGAAUUGCUGGGUUAGGGGUUGGUCAUGAGAAUUUGGAGUUCUUGGACUCAAGUAGUGUUUGGUAUUCCAAACUGGAGCCUGACAGACAAACACCUGAACUAUGCAUCAGUCUAGUUCUUUGUUUCAAAGGCUUCAGUUUUGGAGCACUCUGUUGCGGAGAUGGUUCUUUAGGAGAGCCUCCAAAACGAGGAGAUGGCCAAUGUGGAAACAUGAGGCUUCUUCUAAGGCAGCAGCAGAGGAUCCUCUUGGCAAAGUCUGAUGUUGCUGGAUGGGGAGCCUUUUUAAAGAACCCCGUCAACAAGAAUGAUUAUCUUGGAGAAUAUACUGGUGAAUUAAUCUCUCAUCGAGAAGCAGAUAAGCGUGGGAAGAUUUAUGAUCGUGCCAAUUCAUCAUUCCUUUUUGACUUAAAUGAUCAGUUCGUCCUUGAUGCUUACCGGAAGGGGGAUAAGCUGAAAUUUGCAAACCAUUCAUCAAAUCCUAAUUGCUAUGCUAAGGUAAUGCUGGUAGCAGGAGAUCAUCGAGUAGGCAUCUUUGCAAAGGAGCAUAUAGAAGCUAGUGAGGAGCUAUUCUAUGAUUAUCGUUAUGGGCCAGACCAGGCACCUGCAUGGGCUCGAAAACCCGAGGGUUCCAAAAGAGAUGAUUCCACAGUCUCCCAAGGCCGAGCAAAGAAACACCAAUCUCAUUGA